CAAUGAGUAAUGAGUAGUGAGAUUAAAUAUAUAUAAAAUAUUAAUUUACAAAUGUAAGAGCGAGAGAGAAGAAAUAAGAGAGCUGGUAUCUAUGAACCUUUAGAAGUAUCUUUAAGUUUCACCGGCUUACUUACUGCUACGGUUAAGAGAAAACCGCAUCAGUUUGCGAGACAAACUUAACGCGUGAGGAUCGACACUCUUAUAUAUUUAUAUAAAUAUAUGUAUUGUGUAUUUUUAUAUAUUUUUAUUAAAAGUUUAUUUUGCUAGUGAAGGGCUCUGAUAAUUAGAGAGAUUAUAAUUUCCGGUAUUUUAUGAAUUUAAUGAAUGAACUGUGAAGAGAUAAUAAGACUGUGCAAUAGAAAAAAUAUAAUAUUUAUUAUUUUAUGUUUGAUGGUGUGGUAUGUGCAUUAUUGGAAUAGACGAUCAGUUAAAAGAGAACCGAAGUUUGAUUUAUUUUAUUGAAUUUUCUUUUAAUUAGAGGAAUUUUUCGCGGUAAUUUUAAAUUGAGAAUUUAAAUUUCCGUAAUUUUUGUUUUUAAAUUUCUGAGGUAAUUUUUUGGUUUUUAAUUUUACGUGAUGCCCCGGACAAUAAUGACAUGCUAGUUGUCAUUGCCAGCUGAAAAAUGUGGACUUGUAAUUAACGAUAUAAAUUUAAGGAGAAAAAAUUAGUAAUUAUUAUAAUAGUGCGAAAUGAUGAAGAAGGGAUUAUUGGCAGUGAAGUUUUUUUUGUUUUUUACAGUCGUAAAUUGUGUGACUUUUGAAACUCCGAGAUUAAGUGCUGGUAAAAAUUCACGGAGAAAUCAAAAAUAUUCCCAUCUAAAUGGCGAGGAAGCCGUCGUCGCUGCUGCAGCAGCCGUCGCCGUAGCAGCAACUGCUGAUUACCACCCAGAUUAUCUACCCCAAGAAUCACAAGCUCACCCAACUAAUAUUAACAACAAUAACAAUGAAAACGACAACGAAUACCGCGGAGGAAAACUGAUAGGAAAAUGGCGGAGUACCGGCGAAGCCAUCGAACCAAAAUGGCGGGACGGCGACUCGAUUCCAUUGGUGCCGUUCGAAGAAGCAGCCACAAGACGUAAAAUCCCUAAAACCCGUGACAAAGUCAUAAGCUCCUUCACUAUUAAUUACCCAGACAAUUUACCAGAGUCCAUUCCAAAGAAAAAUCCAAUACCAGAGCCCUAUUCAACUGGAUUUAUAAACUCUCCAGGUUAUCAAGAUUCAAAUAUUCCCAUCAAUAAUAAUGGACACGUUAAUUCACAAGCAACUUACAAAAAUCCAGUUGUUCAAAAUCCAUUAAUUGUUAAAAAUUCACCAGGAUCCAUACCAGUUUCAAUCCCGGUUCCAGUUCCAUUGAAUCAUGAGCCAAUAACAAAUAAAUUACACGAAUUACAUUUAGCUAAAUUACGUUAUUUAAGUAUUCCAUUAACAAAUAUUAAUUUACCUAUACCUGAAAUAAUUCCAUCUUCUGAAAUAACUCCUCACAAUAAUUAUUUUUAUACAACUGAUGAAAAUAAUAACAAUACUGGAUUAAGAAAUGUAAAUAGACGUUAUCGUACCAGGAAACCAAAGCCUGUGACUAAAAUACCGGAAGAAGAUUCACAUACUGGUUACGCCGAGGAAACUAUUAAAACAAGUUUGUCUACAACACCUAUUACAACACCUAGUUCAACAACUAUUUCUUCUACACCUCCAAUACCACCACCAACAACCACAACAACAACAACUACAACAACAACUAGUACGACUACACCAGCAACAACGAUUACGACCAGCGCAAUUACGAGCACGGACCCAUCAACGGCAUCGACAACUAACGCUCACGUAACGGAAAAAACUAAACAGGUUACUAAAGUUAGACAGAGCACCCGUACUACUAAUAAAGUUAAUCCAUUUGAGAACAAAAACGAGUAUGAACUCAAUGACGAGGAAUACCAGCGACCGAGGCCUAGAAAACGUCGGCCGCCGAGCAAUUAUGAGUUCGAGGAGGUUGACAAAAGCAGCCCGGGAAAUUCGGAGCUCAAAAGCAAGGAGAGACCGGUGGUCAAUCACAGGAGGAAUCGCACGCGAAAUAACGAGACGGAAGUUCAUAAAUUAGAGAACACGGAGUUAAAAUCGCUGCUUAAGAUGCAGCAAGUCGAGGGCACGAGUUUGUCGGAAAUACUCCAGAGACGUAAUUUGAGUCUGAGUGAUUUAUUGAAGCGAAAAUCAGAAGUUAUCAAUGUUCUGAAAAAUAAAGACGAUGAUUUAGAUAAUUCUGGUAGUAUUGAUAAUAUUACUAGUAUAUUUAAUUAUGAUAGCAAUAAUAAUAGCAGUAAUAGUAACAAUAAUGAUAAUAAUGAUAAUGAUAAUAGUAAUAAUAAUAAUAAAAUAAAAAAUUCAAUUAAAGAAGCAAAUGAACGCAGAUGGAGACGACCAUUUAGACGUAACAAAUUACGUGUACCUUCAAGAAGAACGACAACAUCACGAACUCCAUUAAAAGAAUCAACAACAGAAGAAACCAGCCCAGAAAAUAUUGAUGAAGAUAAAAAAUCAACUGAAGAACCUGAGAGAAAGUAUAACGAAAAACUUUCAACAAUUAGUAAAUUAUCUCCGUCUAUAAUAUUUCCACGGCUGAAUUCGUUUACUAAGAGACCUGUUACUUUAAUACCGACAUCGACAUCAACAACGACGACAGCUAAGCCAGCAACAAAAAGCCAAACGGUUAUAAAAGAGGCUACGGAUGAGCGCACAGCUAAUGAGGGUCGAUUAAAACCGGGACAGAGCGACGACGAUGAGAUAAUGGAGUUUUCAGAUUUUUCAACGGUUUCUACAGACGUUGACCAGGAGUCCGAUGGAGAUAAAACCGAGCGAUCUGAUUUCCCGGUUACGGAGAGAAGCGAUACAAAUUAUUAUUUUAAUGGCGGGAACACUAUUUUUUCUAGAUUUGAAGACCUGACUAAAGACAUCGGUUCGACUUUGAGUAUCGAGCAUAUUCUGACCACUCAGCCACCGACGAAACCGACGAAAGUCGAUCCCAUUGACGAGUCCAACAAUUUGUUCAGCGAGUCUGAUGACUACCAGAACGACGGGCUUAAACACGAGCAGGAAGACGAUGAGGGAAAUUUUGCCGGCACUACUCUAGGAUACGAAGGAACUGAUGACCUGGACUAUGACUCUACCAGUCCUAGUAAUGCUAGCAAAAAUAAAAAUAGAAAUAGCGAAAUUUAUGAACGAAUUGUCUCUGAAAUGGAACCGGAAGUACGUGCGGAAAUUUUUGAAUUAAUCAGCACCGGGUCCAGCGCUAAAAGACUCGAAGAAAUUUUACGAUCACGGAAUAUGAGCAUCGAUGAACUCAUUGCUCUGAGACAACGCGGAUCUAGUCGCGUUCAUUUGGCUGAGCUGUCAAGACUCAGGUCCAGGUCUGGGUCAGAGACUAGUGACGAUGAUCCUGUUACUGAACCAGUUACCAGUACGGAGUCUAGUAGGAUUGAUACUGAUGAUGAUGAUGAUGAUUUGAAGAAAGAGCCGAUAAUUAUUGACUUGUUCGGCAACAAAGGAUUCGAAGCUGGGAUAAUAAAUGAAAAAAAUGAAACAGGUUCAAAAAAAAAUCUACUAAAGCUAGAUGACUUGCUAAGUGCUUUUGAUUCGCUGCCUUUCCUGCGUAAUUACACGAUUGAUGAUGAAAUUGUUGAAAAAGUAUCAACAGUUACUUCAACUUCGACGACUGAGUCAUUUAAAUAUGAGAUUAAAAAUAUCUUUGAUGAAUUUAGAGCAGGCCGAGUUGGUUUCGCUGGUGAUAAAGCAGGUGGAGGUGGAACUGGAAUACAUGCGCAGGAAAUGAAGAUAAUCAGAGAGGAAUUGGGAAUAAAUGACAAACGAACUGGUAAAAAUAUAAGAAUAGAUGUCAAUAAUAAAGAAAAUGGGUCAGUUGAACAAGAAAUGGGGACAGUUGAAGAAAUAAUUCGUAAGUUUGAGUCACUGGACUCUACGGAGGAGACAAAUCCAACGGUACCUGAAGUUAAACCGGUUGAAAUAAAUCUUGCUGGAGAAGUUGAGAGAAAAAAUUUGUCACGAGUGAGACCUAGUAUCAUUGCCAGUGGCGCGAUACUGGGAAUGACCAUCGUUGGGUUCCUGGUGAUCUUUAUUGUGUGCAGGAUAAAACAGAAGCAGAGAUACAGGUACAAAAAUUCGUUUGCGAAAACGGUUUUUCAAACACCGGCGAUGUCGGGGAGAAAAUUGUCCAACUCGAGUAGCUUGAACACGAUAAUGGUGAAUGUCGUGGCGACUUCGACGGCGAAGCGCGCGGUCCAGCGGGAAACUCAGCAAGUUGAGGAACACUUUGACUGCAGCAAAAGUGACAUCGACAACGACUCGCUUGAUGCUAAUGACAGCUGGGAAACGAUACCCGAUUUUAUGAAAUGAUUUUCAUUUUAAAUUAAAUAUUUAUUUGUUACGUACUGACGGUAACAGAAACAGUAUUUGUUUAGUAAAUUACG